AUGCAACCAAUAGUUGGGGCUUAUGCAGACAAAUCGACGUCAAGAUACGGCAGGCGAAGACCUUAUAUGGUCUAUGGAGCGGUUGUCACGGGUGGCGGAUUGCUGUUGCUGGGCUGGACAUCUGAAGUCGUGGGCUUUUUCUUGCCUGAAGGCGAUGUGAAGAAGAGCCUGACCAUCCUGGCUGCCGUCUUGUGCAUUUAUGCGUUGGACUUUUCAAUCAAUGCAGUCCAGGCGUGCUGUCGCAGCUUGAUCGUCGAUACACUACCCAUCUCGCAGCAGCAAGCUGGAUCUGCGUGGGCAUCGAGGCUUGUUGCCGCAGGCCAUCUUGCCAGCUACUUCAUCGGCACUUUUGAUCUGGUCACAAUGCUGCCACCUUGGAUAGGAGGUGAUACCCAAUUCAAGAAAAUGACGGUCAUUGCAACGUUAGCUUUGUGGUCCACAGUGGGCAUAACCUGCUGGGCUGUUACAGAGAGAGUGAGGUUGCCCAGUGAGGACGAUAACACCUCUGUGAAAGAGGUGCUUUUCAGUCUCUGGCGGAAGACAAUUAACCUCCCUCCACGCAUACGAGCGAUAUGUUGGGUGCAGUUCUGGAACUGGGUUGGAUGGUUUCCCUUCCUGUUCUACUCGAGCACAUUCGUGGGGGAGAUUUACUAUCGUUACGAACAUCCCGCUCCCGAACCGGGUGUGAAGGAUGAGCAUGAUGCUCUGGGAAAUAUAGGGCGACUGGGAAGCCUUGCAUUGGUGUUUUUCUCGUUAACCACCUUUUGUGCUUCGGUCAUUUUCCCGUCCCUCAUCAAAGCACCGGAGGCGCCCGAGGCGAAAUUCACUCCUCGACCUCCUGCUUCGAUACCGAAACCCUUCAAGGUGAUCUUAGGCAAGGCCUACAACAUCCAGCCUAAUCUCAUCUCGGCAUGGAGCUUAUCGAAUCUUCUCUUUGCGCUCAUUACAAUAUUUGCCCCUUGGGUCCGCACGCUAUCUUCUGCAACCACUCUGGUAGCUGCUUGUGGCGUACCCUGGGCCAUAUCGUGCUGGGCACCAUUUGGGCUGCUGGGUAUCGAGAUCAACAAGAUGUCUUCCGGAUCACACGCCAAUAUUAACGGAUCAACUGUUCCGGGAUGCGCGGCGGCCCGUGGCAGCUUUGAUGAGGAUUACGGUGUCGAAAUAGAGGAAGUACGACAACACCGAAGGGCCUUUUCUGAGGGUGUGCUGCGACUCAGUCAUCCCGAUGAAGGCGACGCUCAUUCUUCAACGGGAGAGCUUGCGGGCGUCUACCUAGGCGUGUUGAAUGUCUAUACAACCCUACCGCAGUUCGUCGGGACUUUCGUUAGUUGGAUUGUCUUCUCGAUUCUCGAGCCGAGCCAGUACACUGAUAUCGCGGACGAAGAUCCCGAUCAUCAUCGGUGGCUCAAUCUGAAGAAGAACGCGCCGAAUGCAAUCGCCGUGUGUAUGUUUAUCGGGGCGUUGUGCUCCUUGAUCUCAGCAGAAGCUGCUAGACGGCUGAAGCACUUGGGUUGA